AUGGAGGAAAUAAGGAGCGGUCCUGAUACUGCACAGAGAUCAGCUCGUUCAACCACGGCGGUCGCCUGCGAAGCAUGUCGGAAGAUGAAGAUGAAAUGUAUCCGUACAGAGCCCAAUGACACGACGGGUCGAAUCACAAACCCGUGCGAAAGAUGCAGACGAUCGAAUCGAAUUUGCAAGAUCCCGGAGCCGCGCCCCCUGGGUCGGAAAAAGGGCGCAGUCGGUCGAUAUCAAGGUUUCGAUAAAGCAGUACGCAAGCUGCGCUCCGAGCUGAAGAAAGCAAAAAUGGAACCAGAGGUAGAAAUACUCCAGGAAAUUGCUCAUCUUCCCAACGAGGAGCGCUCAAGUGCGGACCGGCUUAUUCCAAACGAACAACCCGACAAACAAGCUUCCUCUCCUUAUACCAGCCGUGGAAUGGACUCGGAGAUCCCAGUUAACCUCAAUCCAAGGGCCUUACAGGAGGAAACCAGGGCCUCGGAUGAUUUCUCCUCAGACCACAAUGAAGAGCCGAUCAGCAACCCACUUGCUUUGUUAGCUGAUGCAUCGGACGCGGCUCGUGCCAUGCAUCUCGGCACAAUACCAACAAGGAAUACAUCUGGGCAGAGUGGUCCGUCUACAAACCAAAACCUACUUAAUAACCGUGGUAUCGGUCAUUUGCUUCAUCGACCUGGCUAUGUUUCUCUUGGGUUACAGCUAAGCCGAGAAAGCCUUGAACGUGGGUUAGACGCUUUGUCAAUGCCCGCACACAACACGGACAGAUAUGCAAAUUACUUCAAAAGACCUGUCCAGGAUUUGAAUCAGGAUACGGGGCCCGAACUCGAUCCUGUUGACCUAGGUUUGAUCACUAUAGAGGAGGCGCAGGGCCUUUUCCCGAUUUACUUUAAUCGACUACAUCCGAUCAAUGGAAUACUGGAUCCCGUUCUCCAUACACCUGAGUUCGUCCGCUCGCGAUCAGCAUUACUAUUCACAUGGGUCUUAGCCCUGACGGCACAGUUUGACCAUGACUCUGCGUCUAUUGCUAAAAGACUACGUUUACAUGGUGAGAAGCUAUCAAAGCAUGUUCACACCUGCGGCUUUAAGUCAGUAGAGAUUGUACAAGGAUACUAUAUCUCUUUACUAUCUGCUACUCCUGCCGAGACUCUCGCGGAAGAACGCUCCUGGCUGUACACCAUGUACGCCUUUGGAGUGGCUGCAGAGCUUGGGCUAGACCAGUAUCUCGACAAUCCAAAUUCUCGGUCUUUAAUAUCUACUCACGACCAGAACCAAACGCUAUUCGCACCAGAAUGGCAUUCCGAGGAAACAGAGACCCAGAGUGACACGGCAUAUAGCCGGAGACUAAUCCGCAAUCGGGAAAGGACGUGGUUCAGAAUUUUGCUAUGGGAAAGAGCAAAUAGCGCUGCAUAUGGACGAAUUCACAGCUUUCCCGAGACAUCGUUGACCAGGGAUAUUGAAGGAUGGUGGAUGCACCCACUGGCAGACUUCACCGACAGACACACUAGUGCUUUUAUUGCCUUACGGCAAAACCUCGCCAGUCUAAACGGUGUUAUUCGCGACAGGUCAACAACACCCCGUGCGGAUCUACAUUGGGUACGGAAUUUAGUCGAUAAUGCACUUGAGCCGUGGUACAACACGUGGCUAGCGCAAUCAGCAACCAGCUCUUCUUGUUCGGCAGAGCAGCUUUCGAAUACAUUUCUUCGAUAUGUUUACAUGCACGGGAGACUUUGGACUCUGUCUAUUGCGCUUAAUAGCUCUCAAGACCACAGCAGCGAAGCUGGCCUUCGCAACGAUUGUUUUGAGGCCGCAAUUAAUGCCUGUGAGGUCGCAGUUCGCGAUCUCGAAGCGAUCGGUGAGCCCUUGUACUGCAUGCUGGCUCCAACGUGGGCCAUGAUAUCAUACGCUGCUGUUCUAUCAUUGAAGUUGUUCCCAAGGAUUUAUGGUUCUCGUUCCGGCAGUCAAGUUGAGCUUUUUGCGCUUCUAAGCCAGGUUGCAUUGCAACUUCAACGUGCAGGCAGGACACCGUCUCACCGAUAUGGAAUUGCUGCUUUACUCGGUCAACAUAUCAUGAUGAUUUUGAAGGCAAAGUGCGCCACAUUAAGGGACAACAUAGAAGUUGAGUCUUCUCAAAGUCAGUCCUACAUUAGAAGCCAUCAUCAGUUAGAUUCCGGGCCAGAUGAAACAGGUCGCUCAAAUCAUUCCUUGGUCUCAGAUUAUGACCCCUUCUUGACGGACAUUGACGUGGCAGCUGAUCUUACUGAAGAAGGGUUUACUGAUUUAUUUAGAGAGAUCUUUGGUCCAAGCUUCGGCUGCGUGUUUUGA